GGGAAUUCCCAAAAUGACAUGUUCUGUACAAGAGUGAAAUAAUUAAUAGAAGGUGUUUACAAUUUUACAUAAAUCGUGUGCACAUUAUUUACCAUUAAAAUCGUUCAAUUAAGUUGUCUUUAUAUUGAAUAUUGAUAUCUUAAAUGGUUAUCCUAAACAGUAUAGAACUUACAGCUACCGCUAGUUUUUGCGUUUUAGUAGAGUAUUUUUAAGAUUGUAUUCAAAUACAAUUUACUAAAAGCACAAUGGCAAAAUGACAAGGUAAGUUAAGAUAACCGCCUACUUGUUUUUUUUUUAAAUUUUAAAUAUGAUUCGGAUGCAAAAAUUUACAGCAAUGCUAAGGAUUUAUUAUAUUUUUGUCUCUUAAAAUAGUACUUUUCUUCAUAAAUCUAGAAGUAUAAUAAAAAAUUGGAAUUUUUUUGACCGGCUAUAACUAGGUUAAUUAUUUUAAAUUAAAAAAAAGUUAAAUUAAAAUCAUGCUGAAACCUGUUUAGUUUAUUUUCAGCAUGAACUAUCCACAACUAAAACAUCAAGAAUUAAGGAAAUUGCAUAGUGUACCUUUUCAUACAAUAUUUAUUUAUGUAAAAAUAAAGGAUUUAAAUCUGUACAAAUAAAAGUAACGAGAAUGGAAUGAAUCUUGUAUUGCGGUCUUUAAUUAUAACUGAAUAGGAAAUAAACAAAAACAAUAAUAACAUUGAAUAAACUAUGUCAUCUACAAUACAAGCAGUUAAAUGCAGUUUACAGUUUACAAAACACAAACUUUAUACCUUUUACAAAUGUUCCUAAAGCCCACAAUACUUGUAUUUUAACACAUGCAUCCAGAUAUAACUAUAUAAUUGAAUUUCUUAGUUAUCUUUAUUAGUAUUAUUGAAAUAAAAUACAUAUUUUUUAGUAUUGAGAUUGAGAAUCAAUUCAUUUGCUUAAAAAAAAAAAACAUUGCAUAGCUAAUUUCUCUUUAGUGAUAUUUUUUUGCAUAUCGUUGUAUAAAUAAUAAAUAUACAUGUAUAGCUAUAAUUCAUUUACAUGAUAUCUACAGAAGUGUAUCCCAAAGUGUCUGUUUGCGGACCGACACAGGUAAAUGAGUCUGAAGACGUUAACAAAAUUGACGAAUGUUAAAUAAAUAUUUUUAAAAAUUACUAGGUUAAAGUUAUAACGAUAGAGCAUUAGCAAUGUUAUAAAGUCUGUUGGCAUUGGCUCAUUGUAACUUAAUUGUAAAUACAAACAUGAAAUAAAUAGGGCUCAUUUAGGCCUUAUGCUUGGGCCCUUUUCCCCCUGCAGCUGCUGGAGGGCCUCGGAAGGGCACAUAUAUAAGAUGUGGAAAAAUAUAAACAUAAAUUUCUAUCAAUUAGAACAAAUAUCUAUGAAUGUUUUAUAAAACCACUUGAUAAAAGUUGAAAACAUUUGAACCCACUAGAUGUCUUAAAUGUCAAUUAUCAAACGAAUCAGGAAAUCGUAACCUCUUAAAAGGUGGGAACUCAAUAUAUCCACCGCCCCCCCCCCCUUUCCUGAACUUUAUUAUUACUUGUUUGCUCCUACUUCGAAUCAGUAAUUUUAAAAUGCAAAUAUCAAACGAACCAGGAAACCGUAACCCCUUAAAAGGUGGGAAUUCAAUUAAUCCACCGCCCCCCCCCCCCUUUCCUGAACUUUAUUAUUACUUGUUUGCUCCUACUUCGAAUCAGUAAUUAACAUACGAAAAAGUGUUGGCAUAACAGGGGCUGGCAUCUUUAAGGAGCAGCAUUUUCAAAUUCUUGAAACGAAUAGAAUUGAUUUGGAAAAAUAAAGUUGGAUGUAAAAAAAAAUAUGACAAUUACUUUAUUUUUGUCAACAAUUGAACAAAUUAUUUUUUAAAAAAAUAUUUUACUUUCAAACUUUCACAAUCAGCAUUUUUUUUUCAGAUCAAUUUUUUAAUAAUAUAGAUAUUGGGGGUAGGUGCUCUAGACGUGUUGACAUCAAGCAUCUGCACAUAAGCGACUGUUGUUUAUGAUGUAGUCAUGAUAGAGAAUAAAUCUUGUUAUGCAUAUUGAAGCUGGAUUUUUAAAACAAAAUAAACCUGCAUUCAUAAGGUCACACAAGCAACGAAAUGGUGUGAUAUAAUAUCAGUUUUGAUUCAAUUAUUUUAUAAAAUUGUAGGGUUAAAAAAAGUCCAAAUCCCCCCCUCCCCCACUCCACCUCCACCCACUACACUGAAAAAUAAAGGGUUGAACAUACUGCACAGCCCCUAGACACAUAUACACAUUGAUUGUAGUCAUUUGCCGGCUCCGCUCAGACUUCGUCAUGGUACUAAACUACAUACAUGACUGACAAUCUAAACAAAUAAAUAUAAAGAAUUCAAGUUUAUUUAUGUUGUGCCAAUCAGCAAUGUAGAAAUUGUAUAUUUCAAUUUCAGAAAUGCAUGAUCAGUUAUUGUUCCUUCCCCGCCCAAGGCUUUUCUAGUUCAGCACUGAUGGUGGCUAUACAAAUAUCUUUUCAAUGCACGUCAGGGUUGUUAAUCAAAACCUAUUUAAGACCUACAAUGACAAGGGAGAAGCUUCGCAGAGUAUCAAUGCUAUCAAUCGAGCCUAGAGAAAUUGCUGAGAUAGAUUACAUUAAAUUGACUAAAGCUAUGACAAAUUUUAUUUUAAAUAUUAAUCGUGUAUAUUUAAUGCUUUUUAUUUUUGAAGUAAACAUUAAGCAUGGAUGAAACCCUCCAACGCAAAAAAAAUAAUGAAAAAUUAAUAAAUACGUGAAAAAAACAAACCUUUGAAUGAAAGGAUCCAAAAACCAAAAUGGGGUAUUGGAAAUCCAAAAGUCACGCGACGGCACUGGGUCAAAAAAUAGAUAUGAAUAAUUAUACAUGUUUCCUUAUUCAUUUAAGCCAGGCCUGCACUACUCAAAAUGUAAGGCCGGCCGCAAUACUUUCUAAAAAACUUGAACGGACCAAAAUAAAAUAGGACAAGGGGGGAAAGAUAUUAAGAAAUAAAUAAUAAGAAUUAAAAUCGAAAGAAAUUGCAUUAUUUCGAGGGCGGCAAAAUGGGUGCUGGCGGGCCGCAUGUAACCCGCGUGUCCAUAUGUUGUGCAGGCCUGAUUUAAGCAAUGUAGAACUAUUCAGAAAAUAUUAAAAAUGUGGGUUGCUCGGCUCUAAAGUACAUAUACGACAGAUUUAACACAAAGUUAAACCUAAAGAAGUUUUGUUAACAAUGAUAUUGGAGUAAUGACUGAAGCUCAUGAAUUUAUUGAGAAUUGUGUUUAUUUUGUCCCCUCACAGCAAAGAAACAAUUUGAUGAACAUAAAAUUAUGUGAAUCAAAAUAUUCACGUAUAGAACAGCAAUGAAGGAACAGCCUUAUUUGUCUUUUUGGUUAUUAUUUGGAAUUUACAUGCGUAAGUUUUAAAUCAUUUAUUUUCACUAUUAUUUAGAUUAAGAUAAUUUUGAAAGCGUGUGAAUGACAUUUGAAAUAGGGAGCUUAAUUGAUACAUUUGUUUAUUUUAUUCAAAAUAAAAAUUGAACUGUUUAUAGGUCCCGGCAAACAUAUUUGUAUUGGUAUCAAUGGAAUCUAGCAAAUCACUUCCUUUCCACUUUUCUUUACUUUGCAUCUGUCUGUUGUUUUAUUUUUUGCCCACUCCUAUUUUUUCUCCAAUUUUUUAGGUAGUAUAUCUGUAUAUAUUUAUUGUGUUAAUUUAAUUUAUUCUUAUUUAAUUGUCUAUUCGUUGUACUGAUGAAGGCACGUGCCAAAACGUUAAUUUUGUAUUCUGUAAAAUUAUUAUUAAAGCUUAUCUUAUAUUGUUAUAUUGACACAAACAUUUGGUGUCUAAUUAUUUUAUUUUAAAACUUUAUCGCGGUCCACACCUUUCAUAAUUAGCAAACAUAAAAAAAAAUUGUCUUAAUGGGCAGUUUUUAUUUUUGGGAAAGGGUUAGAUUUACAAUUUAAAAAAAAAAUAAUCGUAAUAAAUAAAUACAAAAAUAUAUUAUUUAAAUUCUCAGAAUAUAUGAAUCGAUGAUGAUUGUAAUUAUUAUUAUCAAUUUCAAUUUUUUUUCUGAUUGAAAUUUUAAUAGGACUUACUAUUCGCAUUUUUUUUCUGAUAGUUUGCAAGGUCUGCUAUUAAAUUCAUAAAAUGUUUCAUCAGUUGGGAGACGCUAGUUUUUCCAUACUCAGUUUUUUUUUUCAUCCAUUUUUUUCCGAAAGGAAAUUGUAUCUGUUUGUGGGUGGGGAUUUUGUUGGGAGAUAGUGCAUAUAUCAGCUCUUAAUGUAAAUUUAUGACCUGCUCUAAGCCAAUCGAACUUGCCUCGAUUUCAAAGCGGUGUGACGCCCCUGGAGAUAUUCCUGGAAGAAUAACUGGCCAUAUAGUUCAGUCAAUUGUAUUAGAAAACUCCAGGUUAACAAAGAGUUGAACAUCAGGAUCGCAGAAUUAACAACAAAUAUGGCUAAAUUGAAAACCAAAGUGUGGAUUAAUAUUAAAUUAACUGAAAAUAAAAAAACAAAAAAACAAAAACUAAGCGUAUAUCAGGCAUAUGGGAUCAGUACUCUACUAUAUGGCAGCGAAGAUUUGACCAUAUUUCCCAGUCGUACGUGGAAAUUAAACAGAUUUCAACAAGGAUGUCUGCGUCGCAUUUUGCACAUUCGAUGGCAGGACAAGCUGUCUAACACAGAGGUUUUAAAGGGUUACGGAUUCUCCGCUUGUUUGGUCAUCUAAGGAGAAUGCUUGAAAGCCGUAUUCCAAAUGAUCAGCUGUAUGGAACAUUCUGAGAAGUUCAAUAACUAUUGGACGGUCGUGACUGCGAUUUAAGUAUGUUUGCAAAAGGAACAUGAGCGAAGCCAACAUAGAAAUCAAAGAAUGGGAGAUUGUUGCUGAACAUCAUUCCACCUGAAAAGAAACAAUAGUAUUUGAAGGAGUAAAAAAAGACAGAUGAAGCGAAAAAUGAAGACAUUGCAAGAAAAAAAAAACAAAUUAAGUUUAAGCAAGGCUAAAUGAAACCAGGAGUCUAGUGGCUCCUAAGUAAAAUGCAGACGAGACUGACAUCGUAAGCCAUUUUCAUGAAGCUAAUCUUCUUCGUCUUGCGAAGAAAGAAGGAUGCCAUUUAUAAAUAUAAUUUUAAAACAUAUUAUUCUGUUUGUUAUCUUUGUUUGCAGCCUCUCUAAGUACAUUCUUGUUGGUCAACACUACAUGUUUUUUCUAAUUAGGUAAAUGUAAAGAAAUUAAAACAGUGUUUAUUUUUAUUUUACAGAUAUAUGUUCUGCUCAGGAAGUGCAAUUUUACACAUUAAAUCAAGAACAUUGUCAGACAAAGUGCACGCAUGGUUUGAUAAAUAAUCUAGAUUCCUGUCAACUUGACUUAAAAAUUCAAUUUUAUGAAUUCGUCCCCAAUUCAACCUUAUUUUAUUUUGAAGACAUUGAUGACCAAUCGCAAAAUGUAAGAUGGUGUUUAUUAUAUCAAUGCUUUUUUAAUAACGAAACAAAAAUAUUUAUUUCUGUUAAAUAAUUUCAAGAUUUUUUUCUGAUAUGAAUGUAUUAUGAUAUGUCAAAAUGUAUAAUACUUGUUAUUCAGACGACCUUUUACAUAAACUCGUUAUUUGUUUCCCAGAUAUUUAGUCUUGACAUCCCGUCCGAAUGUAUAGGCUACAAGCAUAAAGCCAACAAUUACUGUACACAAAUCAACAAAACUGCCUUUAAUGUAACUGUAAUUGUACCUGCACAGCCAAAGUUUAGUAAUGUGAAACUAAGAGGCUAUUUGAAAACAUCAAAUGGAGAUAGAAUUGAAAGUAAACUUUUCACUUUUCCAGAAAUACACGGUAAAUGCUUCACAUUCAAUACCCUUUUUUUAAAAAAAUGAACUUUAAUAAAUAUUAAAUUUUAAAAUUAUGUUCACUAAUAGUUGUGGAAUAAAUGAUACAUCUCUCCCCCCCCCCCCUUUUUUCUCUUUAUUUAUCUCUCUCUCUCUCAGUCUCUCACAUCACUCUUAUUCUCUCUUUUUAUUUUCAUUCUAAUAUUUCCAUUUUUGUGUAUUUACUUUGUAUCUGGACUAUUUAUAGAUUCAUAAAUGAUAAGAUCUUCAAACAACGAUCUUUUAUUUUUUAGUACUCACGGGCAACUCUAAUAAUCUAACCUUGAAACGACCAGCCUUUAACAAUUGCUUGUACAAUUUUUAUGCUCUAUUUCUCUCUAUCGCUGUUAAUGUUUGAACUGUAAUUCUUCCCCCACUCCCCAACCCCCCCCCCACCCAAAAAAAAAAAAAAAAACAGCAUUUAUUAAUGCAGUAAAUAUAUUUGCAAAGCCAUAUAUUUUACCUUAAAGUAGUGGUGUUUAACUUUUCUAAUGCUGCGACUUUUUAAUAGAGUGCCUUGUAUUGUGGCGACACAAAACACAAACUUAUUUUCGCUGCUACCUCAUAACUUUUGGAGUGAAAGUGUUUCCUGCUGUUCUUACGCGACUCUUGUGAGAUGGUCGAUCGACUCCCAAAGGGGUCGUGACAAGCAGGUUAAAAACUGCUGCCUUAAAGCAAAAUAAUAUAUGUUUCAAACGAAAUGUGUGUGUUUCUUAUUUUUUAUAACAUGAUAAUCCAAUCAUACUAAUUUUAAUGACAUAACAAUAAACUAAAAUUUUAACCUUUAAACUUAAUCAUGUAAAAAUAUUACAUACGAGUUAUUUCUUUUUAAGUUAUUUCAUUUCAUUUUUUGUUAUUAAUAUAUGUAUUUUUAAUUCAAUUUUAUUUCAGAUUCAACAAAUGUAACAGGGAAACUGCUCAUUAAUGAAGAAAUAACUUCAACAAUAGAGGAUUGCAGUAUGACGAUUAAAAAAAAUGAUUUAAUCCUGGAAUUUGAUUGUUUCGGUACAGUAACGCCCUGUUUGAUAGUGAUACAAGUGAACGGUUCAAUUGUCAAUACGACAAGCGGGAACCUCAUUGUUUAUAGAAGAACAUUGGAGAAUAGAGAGGAAUUAUUUAUAAAUAUAUCGUUUGCUGCAUGCAGCAUGGAAAGGGAUUUUAAAAGCAUCACAUGCAUAAUCAAACAAGGUAAACUAUUUUUAGCACCACAUUUUUGGGAGAAAUCCAUUGUAAUAACAUCACAUUACAUGGGGAAAAUAGAUUAUGCAAUUUGAAAUAUAACAAUGCUAGAUGCGAUUGAUUUUUUCAGUGAAAUACAAGUGACAAGUUCCAUCUUAAAAAAAUAUAAAAAUAACUAACAUUACUUAAAUUGUACCAAUCAAAAGCAGAGUUUGUAUGAUUCAGUAGUACUUUAAACAAUUUAGAAUAUUCUCAGAAAACAUACAGUAUGCACCUAAAGUAACUGUCUGGAAAAAUCCUGCCUUUCGAAAGCAGUUUUGAGUUUGUCAACACAUCUAACGUUUCAAUACAAAGAAUACGUUGCUGCUGGAGUAAUGUUCCUUUGAAAAAAGCAUGACUACGUUCAAAAUUUGGGAGGAACUUGAUUCAUUUUUGAGCCUCAUUAUUGCUCAAACGAAAAAUUUUCGUGGAGGCGGCUCGAAUGUUAAAGAAAAAAAACAACUUGACAUAUUUAUUCAGUGAACGAUUCAAUAAGGAGUCAUCGAGUCACUGUCUAAUUGUUACUAAAAUUCACCAUUCAAGAAGGUUAUUAUGACCACGGCAUACGAAGUCCUGAAACCAUUAAAUGUUCACGAAUAAAUACGUGUGCCGUUUGAUAGCACGUUUAUUGCGCCUCUAUUUUUUAAAAUAAAAAAAAUCGUUAAAAAUUUUAGUAACAUCACUAUAGAAGGCUACUGGGCCGCGGUGCUCAGACAAAUUCUUGACCAUUGAAACUGUUUACGUCGUUCAAGGGGAAGUGACAUAAAUAGACUGUGAUAUCAACAGCUUAGGGCAACAGGCGUACUCGUACAUAUGUGGCAACGUUCAGUAAAUAGUGUUAAUGACUAACGGUUCAUCUUGUUGCAGACCUCCCAUAACCCUUCAGUUACCCCCAUCUAAUACCAUCGUAUGCCUAUGAAUGGUGAAUUUUACAUGAGAGAGUGCUCAAUUGUGAUGAUUCCCACAAAAAAUGUGUAUAUGCUGCUUGUUAAAUAUAUGUUGACCAUUGCAAUUUUUUUUAAAUUUAAAUGUAUUGUUAAAAUCGAUUUAUUGUGCAUUAGGAAACUGGUAUUAAGACACCGAUUUGGGAACGAAAAAAAGAAAAGGAAUUAGAACCUUGAUAAUAUAUCUAUCCAUAAAAGCUUAUAGAGAAAAAUUGCUAAAAAAGACAUUUAAAAAGCAAAAGAAAUAUAAUAAUUUUUUUUUAACAUUCAAUUGUAUAAAAUGUUCUUUUAAAUUUAUUUCUUCACAGAUUCAGAAGAAUACCUAAAAGAAAUCUCCACUAGCGAUGACGCAAUUAUACUAGCUAUUGCAUCGUGUUCUAUUCUUGCAAUUAUUUUAAUUGCAGUAAUAGUUUACAUUUAUUGUAGGUAAGUAUGAUUUGUAGAUUUCAUUAGCCCUUUUUAUAGUUUAUAUUUUUGAACUUUUAUACAUUUCUCUCUAAUAAUGAUUUAUAUCUACUAAAUUAAGGUAUUUACACCUAAAUACUUGAAUCUAUUCAAAGAGUUUAUGGCCUUAUUAUUUUUUUUUCCUCUCUAUCGCUUUCAGUGCUUGAACUAUCUUUCUUCCACACCCCCUCAAUAACUGUUAAUCGUUCAUUAUGUUUCUUCUUAUUUGCAUUGUUCGCUUCUAGUGCUGCUCACACCUCAAAUACGUUUCGCUUAUCUCUGAUUAUUCCUUUCAAUCUUUCAUUGUCUCUUCUAAUUUUUCGUUUAACCUGUCUAGAUUAUAUUAAUUUUGGUUCCUCAAAGCAUAUCAUCGAAAUUUAAAUAUUUUAAAUCCAUAUAAACGUUUUGUAAUUAUUCAAACCGUUUAGUUGAAUAAUCAUACUAUAAACAAUAACAUUUGAAAAUUAAUGGAUGCAAUAGAUAUACUGUUUCUUCUGUUUCAUUUUUUUGUAAAAAUCACCUUAAUAAUAACAAGUUAAAUUCUUGAGUACAAAGAAAACCAUACAUUAGUGAAAUGUAUUUGUUUGCUUUCAAUUUUAUUUUUCAUUUGAUUUGUUUUUUUAGAAAAAAGGAUAACGAACUAUGUAAGCCAAGUACCUGCAGGGUCAGAAGACGAAAGCAGCGACAGAGCAAUGUGUAA